AGCGCGUUUUACAAUCUCUACACUACCAGUUGACCGUAGGCGUGACAUCAGUUUUUUCUAAUAUUGUCAAUCAAACAUUUGUUGGUCGUUUGGUUUCUGUCAUAAGACUCAGAUGUUACGAUUAUCUGUUCGCCCUGACUUAUUGAAGUGGAAUCUCUUACACCGUUUAGUUCAUUCUGAAGCUAUCACGUAUGCUGAGCAUGGUGAUCCCGAACAUGUUCUACGUUUCUCAUCCUCCCCACUGCACCCUUUUUCAAACGAUGAAAUUUUGGUGAAAGUUUGUGCAGCUCCUAUUAAUCCCUCAGAUAUCAACACCAUACAAGGAACUUAUCCAAUUAAACCAAAACUACCUGCUGUUGCGGGGAAUGAAGGAGUAGGUAAAAUUAUUGCGUGUGGGAAAAAUGUUGACAAUUUUUCUGUUGGUGAUUCAGUUAUUCCUUUAGAAUUUGCAUCAGGCACUUGGCAAACAUAUUGGUGUGGUAAACCUGAUCGAUUUUUAAAGAUAAAAUAUCCUAUCUUACCAUCGUAUGCCGCUGUAAUAACAGUUAAUCCGUGUACUGCACUGCAUUUACUUACAAAUUUUAUGGAGCUUCAAAAAGGGGAUACAAUAAUUCAGAAUGGUGCGACUAGCGCAGUUGGAGUAUAUGUGAUUCAAAUAGCCAAAAUAUUGGGAUUUCAUACAGUAAACUUGUUCCGUGAAAGGGAAACAACUGAAGCCACGGAAGAAACACGUAAUCUUCUCAAAAGUUACGGAGGUACAUUUUGUCUCACAGAACCUGAAUACAUCGAACAGGCAAAGAAAUUAGGUCCUUUUAAACUUGCUCUAAACUGUUUAGGAGGGAAGCCAGCAUCGCUUUUGGUGAAAAAUCUAGACCAUGGUGGUAUAAUGGUUACAUACGGUGGAAUGACACGGAAUCCAAUGACUAUACCAGUUGGUCCUUUUAUUUUUAAAGAUGUUAACCUACGAGGUUUUUGGCUAACACAUUUUAAUGGACGUCAGUCUAUUGCGCAACGACAACUUACCAUUGAUCAAUUAUCGAAAUGGUUCUCUGAGGAGCGCAUCAAACCUUCACCAUAUCUAGAGAUUCCUUUUAAAGAUUGGCGUGAAGCAUUGUAUAUGUCACUGUUCAAUGACUCAACACCGACAGGUAUUCGGAAGAAAGCAAUCCUAAUUAUGGAAUAAUAAUGUUCAUCUGCGUAUUAUUCAUUGCUGCGCAAAUGAAGAUGCUGGCCACCUUUGUAGUUAUUGUAGAGCCUAAAGUUACCUAUUUAAAUUUCUUCGAUAUGCACAUAAUUGUAAAUUUAAUCCUUGGAAUCCAUAAUUUUUUUGUUUAACAAAAUCUCAGUGAAGGUUAUCUACUUUUGACUUCUUCAUUUUGGUCUUUGUACAAUUUGCAGUUUAUUGAAUAAAAUAUAAGUGAUGAGAACAUUUUAUUUAUUUAUUUAUAUGUUGAGAAAGGAA